AUGGUUAUUUCGCCCAUAAAGUUUCGUCGGAGUACGUCGUAUCCGGGUAAAGGUCUUUUUCCUCAGCCACCAACGUUCGAGAUCACCAACAUGGAUGAGAACCGUGAAGUGUUACUUCCAUAUCCGGCCGCGGGUCCGCAGGCUGUCAGCACGUGCCGCCUCGGAACAGCGCGCGAGCGGAUAUCGACGGAUCCGUUUCCGAUCCUGCGGUUGGAGGUGAUGGACAGGCAUGUCGAGCCGAACACUGUAAGGUACACUGACCCUCCACGUGAGUGUGCGCGGGGGAACGGCCGGGUUCUGCGCAGAUUCGUGCCAGAGCGCGCGCUGGGCGGGGCGAACGGCACCAGCCCGCUGGACAACAUGCGCACCUUGGAGCACUACCUCAGCGAGAUGAUGCGCGCGGGCGGCGCCCCCGACACACCUGACCAGCUCAAGGGUUUCAUCAACUGCAGCACCAACGCCUUGCAGUCCCUGGCGCAGCUGCACGGCAAGUCGCCCUUCUUCCCCGGGCUGGAGGAGCAGGCGCUGCUGGAGGACCCGGCGCACCUGGUGGACGGCCAGAUGCCCUCUCAACCGCUCAGCUCCCCGGCGCGGUCCUCGCCCCACUCGCAGGGCUCCGAGGCGGGCGAGCGCUUCUCCAGGAAGGUGUUCGUGGGCGGCCUGCCGCCGGACAUAGACGAGGAUGAGAUAACGGCCAGUUUCCGGAGGUUCGGCCCGCUGGUGGUUGACUGGCCCCACAAGGCAGAGAGCAAGUCGUACUUCCCUCCCAAGGGCUACGCCUUCCUCCUGUUCCAGGACGAGAGCUCGGUCCAGCAGCUGAUAGACGCCUGCAUCCAGGACGAAGACAAGCUGUACCUGUGCGUGUCCUCCCCCACCAUCAAGGACAAGCCGGUGCAGAUCCGGCCGUGGCGGCUGUCUGACGCCGACUUCGUGCUGGACGCGUCCAUGCCCUUGGACCCGCGCAAGACCGUGUUCGUGGGCGGCGUGCCACGGCCUCUCAAGGCAGUGGAGCUGGCCAUGAUCAUGGACCGCCUGUACGGGGGCGUGUGCUAUGCGGGCAUCGACACAGACCCGGAGCUCAAGUACCCGAAGGGCGCGGGACGGGUGGCGUUCAGCAACCAGCAGAGCUACAUUGCGGCCAUCAGCGCCCGCUUCGUGCAGCUGCAGCACGGCGACAUUGACAAGAGGGUGGAGGUGAAGCCGUACGUGCUGGAUGACCAGAUGUGCGACGAAUGCCAGGGCCAGCGCUGCGGGGGCAAGUUUGCUCCCUUCUUCUGCGCAAACGUCACCUGCCUUCAGUAUUACUGCGAGCACUGCUGGGCCACAAUCCACUCGCGGCCCGGCCGGGAGUUCCACAAGCCGCUGGUGAAGGAAGGGGCGGACCGGCCGAGGGCAGUGCCCUUCCGUUGGUGUUAACGCUGGAGCUCUUAGCCUGCGCGCGGCCCUACACGGCUGCCGCCCUUCACUUUAGAUCAUUAUUGAAUAGUAAUAUAUUAUAUUAUAUACCUAUACAUAUACAAUAUGUAUCUACACAGUCAUCAGAUUCUUUUAUAAAGUGAAAAAACCAGUUCUUUCAAAAAAAAUUUUGUAGUGUACGAGCAAGGAAAGUUGGGUGUCCGACAGCUUUGGUGACACCAUCUUGGCCAUUUACGAUCUCUUGCUGGAUGCGAGAUCCUGUCGCCAGGCCGCUCGCGUCGUAGCGUCUCUGCCGAGGCUUGUAGGUACUACCUUUCAGCACACAUACCUGGCGUGUGACGUAGCUAUAUGUGUAUAUUGCAUGUGUGUGCGCGAACAUGGGCUUUACCGCACUGUUCGAUGUCCGUGUUCCCUAGCUGAAACUCUUCGUGUACAUAGUUAUCGUAAUUACUCCUUCGUUGUACGGAAUGUCUUUUUCAUGACUUUAUUUUUUGGGCAUCGUUUUUGUAUAUAAAAUAAAUUUUUUGUCACGUGCUAGGCGUUUGUCUCGAGGGGAAGGGUUCGACGGGUGGUUUGGCGAUGACUCGGGUCUCUACUCUUACACAUUCGUGUCCCGAGUCGGUGGAACCGGGUCGAUCAUCAACUGGGGAUGAAUGUGUCGGCAGAGACGCUCUGCUAGGUUUCGUUUUUGCAUUGUGCACCAUUUUAUAUUGGACGUAAGUAUGUGUUGUCUCACUUGGAAGCUAUUUUGUCUUUCGCCGUUUUGUUACCUACUGUGUACGUUUUGAGAAAAAAUAGCUAAUUUUACCCAUUUUGAGAAAAAAUUUUUAUAAAUCUUGACACUGGUGACGCCUAAAAGUAAUAACAAAUUUUUUAUCUGCCUUGAAGUUUAGAGGUGGAGACAAGUAAUGGAAGCAGUCGAAGCACGUGGAGCAGAGCAACUUGCAUGGUGCAGGCUUGGCGUGCCAUUCUGUGUUCUUUAGGAAUAUCGUAAAACCAGCUGGCGUCGACAAACGACAGUCUGACGUAUGCGCACGUGGUGAGACAGGGCAUGUAUCUGCCCACUCGCCACUUUGCGCGAUAGGCUAAUUACUAGUGCACGCACCUCACCUGUAAUAUACCGUGGAGUAAUAUCUUUGCUCAUUAUUUGCUAUCUAUAACUUGUGAUAAUGAUUAUGGUCUUGGGUGUUGUUUGCAUAGCUUUCCAUGGUCUUUACUCUCACCAUUUCUCUCUUUCUCCACAUUUAUAAUCUCUUUUUUUCACCUACCAUUUCCAGUCCGUGUUCUCACCUUCUGCCUACCAUCAACUUAUCCGUCUCUUCAUGCACGGCACACAAGACCCACAUUCUUGUACUACUUUGUGUGAUAAGAAAAAAAAAUUAUAAUUAUGGUAAUUAAUGUAGGUACAUACUUUGCACGAAUAUGUAUAGUCUCUUCAAUAGAUUUGUAUUUUUGAGUGUUGAAAGUUUUUAUACAGUUGUUAUCUUAGUUAAGGGCGUCGAGGCAAAAGUGGGUGAAGCGUUAAGAUGUGACCCGGCAGGUGUAUACUUGUUCAGACUUAGGUUAUUUGUGUAUUUUUUUAUUCCUCAAAGUGAAAUUUGGUGUACAUACAAUGGAAGAAAUAAGACCAUGUGUGCCCUGGGACGCGAUGGUAGUCUCCCUAGGAGUAAAUUUCCAUAUCUGUAACUUGUAUAUAUGUAACACGCACCACUUACCUGUUAGCGACCAGGCGAGGUCUAACCUAGUGCUCUUAUCUCUUCCUAUGCUAUGUUUAACUACGCAUGCACCUGAUCUCCACAUACCAAAGAUAAUGUGUAAAAAAAUUUCAAUGUAUAGUCGCUAAUUGUCUGGCAAGCCCCGAGUACCGUAUUUUUCGGGCUUAUCAGAUAUUCUUUACAGAUUCCUUUUCAUCUAUGACUUUUGUAAUUAAUUAAUCUGCAUUGAAAAUGUGCUAUCAUAAAUUGAGUUGAAAUGUUCCCCACGUUGUUAUCUAUUGUAGAGCAAACUGCAGUGCAAAUUAAAAUCUGUUGUUGGAUAUUAACAUAUAUAAUUAUGAUGCUGUACCUUAGUUUGGUAUGCAUACCUUAAAAACAAUAUUUUUUCCUCUGCCUGUCUGUUUGGAUAUGCCCGUGCAAUCCUGUAACGUGAUGUAGCGUAAUGUAGUGAGCGAUGUGGCACAUUGGGUUUGUUUGGUUAGCGCUCUAGUCAUUUGUGGGAGGGGGUAGGGGUAGUGUUGGGAGCUUUGGGUCGCGGCGCGAUGCUAUCUGGUUCCUAUCGGCAACUCGGAAACAGACCUAGCCAACUUCUGUAAAAACAAUUGUUUAUUUUAUGAAGAUACUGUAUAGAGAAAAUAUUUUAUUUGAGUGUCCCCUCUAUUAAUUUUGUACUGCUUUAAAUACAAGGGUCGUAGCAAUAUUAAGUAUAGAUUCUGAGUUGGUAUUACGAGUCGGUGAAUCGUUUGGUUUGGUGACGUCAAACUGAUGGUCGCUGGUUCUCAUGAUAUCUGGUGCCAUCAAUCAGUUAAGGAGAAACUGCUAACAAUUUAAAGCAGAGUUACGCCAAGCAAAUUUACACUCUAAUAGCUUCUAGUUGUAAGUGUUUCAGUAAUAUUGUAUGGGGACGAGGCGUAAUAUUCCCUGCACUACUUUCUUAUGAUAUGCCGUAGUCGAAUGUGUGUUUCAGUUUUUUAUCGGAUGAUGUAGUAGUAAUAAUGAUAAUACUGGAUGUUAUUUUAACAGAUGUUUUAUUUUGCUAAACUAGUUGUCGUCAUUGUUUUGUUUUAUUGAGUUUGUUAAGUGUUAGUGUUGUGUUGCCGUAGUCUGCGGGCGGGCAAUGUCGCGAUGUGAUGCUAGUUAAUGCCGUAACGCUCCGGGUCGGUGCUUGCUCGCGGCCUAUCACGAGCCAUGGCUCGUCUUACCUUUUCUACAAAUAGGGAUCCAGCAAUUCACACGUUUAAAUAAAUAAAGUUGAUGUUAUGUGAUAGUUGUAUUUAAUACAAAAUCUAUACGUGAUUAUUUUGUAGCCUUGGGUAACUUAUUUAAUAUUUAGCACUGUAUUUAACUUUUGUAAUAAAACUUCAUAAAAUUGUAUACAAUAUUCCAGUGUGAUGAUUCCAUGUAUUCUAAUGUGAUUAUUAAUUGGAAACAUUAAUAGAUUUCCAUAGAUCGUAUGUAGAAAUAUAUAUGAUGUGGCAGUGAUGUCAUGAUAUGUAAUAAUAUUUGUGCAUACAAACAGCUUUGGAAAUGAAUUUUUAUUGGUAUACAUAAAUUCACAUCUGUAAGUAAGUCUGAGAGUGAUUGAGAAUUUUUUAAAAAGUAGAAUUUAAUGAUUUUGUUUAUACACUUGAGGCUUUUUGACACUCAGUCAUUCAGAAGGAUAUUUUUACGAAAGAGAAGUAUUUCUAGUGAUCAAUUCGUGAUUCUCCUGUUAUUAGUUGUAGACUUUGUGAUAUAAUUAUAAUAAUAACAAUGAUAAUAUAUUGUUCUGUGCUGUUGAAUGUUACUUGAAGGCGGCUCGCACUGUGGACUGCUCUCCGGUGUAUUUUGUAUAGCAAUACCUGUGGAACUAACGUAACAUUUGUAACUUUUGUAGAUUCACAUGAGGGAGGUCACUUUUACAAGUUUAUCUUUGUAGAAGUCGACUCACAAGCUACUGCUUCAGUAAUCAUAUUGUAAUGCUUAAAUUAUUUCUUGGAUAUUCAGUCCUUUGGCCUUAAGAAAUGGUAGGUAAAGACAACAAAGCAAGGAAAGGUUUUUUUUGUAAAGAUGGCCAAAUACCAAAGGUGCUGCAUAGCUGAUGGAAAAUGGGAUUCAUAAAAAGAAUAUUUCAUAGAAAUAGAAGAGCUACAUUUUUAUCUAAAUUAGGUAAGUUUUUGUCUAGUCUGAAUUAAUAGAAAAAAUUCAUAUAAAUUGAUUCUUUAUUAAACAUCAUUCACUAUAAUACACAUUUUAUAGACCUAAUCCCAUCCUCUAGAAGUUUUAUGGAGAUGUUUUGCAUAUCUUAUGUACACAAUUCUUACAGCAAUUAGAAGAUUUUUUGGAUUGUAAAUUAUAUAAUAUAUUUUCAUAUAUCACCAAUGCAAGAGUAAAUUUUAUUAUAAAAAUAUGCAAAAUUCAGUCUUAAGUGUUUCAAAGCAGGAAGAGGACACAAUGGGACAUUGCAAUGGACAGCAGUCUCAUUUAGUAUCCGGUAGAUUGGGUAGGUUUUAUUUGUUGGACCUGUUCGUCAUCCAAAACUUCAAUGGUGCUUCAGUUUAGAUUUUAUUAGAUGUGGUAUAUUUUUUUAUUUUUUGUAUUUUUAAAGUUUGUAAAAAGAGAGAUGUUAUUAAUUUGGAAUGUCUUUAUGAUAUUACUUAUAAAUGGCCGCACGACUGGAGCAUAUAUAAAGACUUAUUAUUUUUCCCCUUCUUUUAAGUUGUUGUUUCACGUAAAAAGUAGGAUUAGCUAAUGUGCAGUAUUAUUGUAUUCAUACAGAAUUAAUUAAUACCUUACUACUUCAUACUGAAAUUGUCCCCUUUUCUGGGUAUACGUGGAAGUUUUUGUAUGUUUUGCAGUGUUUUUAUCCUGCAAUAAUUUUUUACUCUGCAAGGAAGUUUCAUCUGGAGUGCAUUCGCCCGGGGGGGUCUCUACGCGGUGUCGGGUCCCGUGCAAGGCGCCGCGUUGAGACCGCGCUGUGGCGAAAGGUGGAACGUGAAAGUACCCCUUCAUGCCGUAGUGAGUUGUUGGUGAAUCAGGGUCUAUAGUCGUACCAGCCCUGGCGUUCUUAGCUCUAGGCUGUUUGAAUGAAUCACUCUUGUAUUCUAGUGCACUCUAUUUUUAGGUAAAGCACUCGUUAGUAUUCUUGUAAUGAGAAUGGGGUACUUUGUGUGCAUUUCAACCACUACCUACUAUUUUUAUGAAUUUUGUACAUUUUUCUAAUUUUUGUAAUACAAGAUGUGAGCAACAGGAAGAAGCCAUUUCGCCUGUGAGCGGCUUCCUGUGGCUCGGAGAAGCUUAUUUGUACCAGGGAAGUGAGUUUUCCUAGUUAUAUUUGUUGGAUAUCAAAACUUUUUAUGUUUUAUAAAAUAAUUAUGAAAAAAAAUGUGAAAACUGUGUUUAUUUGAUAAAUAUUGGUGUUAAUUCUUCAUGGCAAA